AAGGCAAAUUCUGUUGAAUCGAUAAUGUCGAUUCCAAACAAACAGUAAAACGAACAGUUUAUAUUUAUUUCUCUUUGCGAAUAGAAAUUGAAAAAGAUUAAAAUGGAAAAGCGCAAGACUUUGUUGGAGAAAUAUAACAUGCCCUUGAGCCAUCUGGAUUUUAGUUAUGUGGAAACGUGUAAAAAUGCACGUGAAAUGGAGAAAAUUGUGCAAAUCCUACGAUCUGGGGAGGAGGGUUAUUUCCCGGACCUGCAGCGUUGUUCCGAGGAGAAACUCAAGGAGCUGAAGCCCGACAGUAAAUUGUUCCGCUAUGAGGAGCCGAUACAGAACAGCGAUAUCCUUGAUAAACAGGAACUUAAGCCCAUUCUGGAUUGGACACAUGCCAUCAAGUCAAAGGAUGCUGCAUUGAACGACCUAAAAAAUGACAUGGAAUCCUUGGGCUUAGAAGUGGCGCCCAUGAGGAAACCAGCCAAAAUAGACGCGGAUAUGUCGAGCACAAAGCAGCAAUCAAAGCCAGUUAGCGCACCUCCAGAGCCACCAAAGACUACGGAAAAGCGAAUCCGUUCAACAGACUACAACAAAUGGGACAAGUACGACCCCGACGAGGAAAUACUGCGCAUGGAAUUGACGGAGGAGCGAACCAAAGAGCAGGAGGAACUAAAGAAUCGACCUGACCCCACGACGACGCCGACGCAGACCUCUGAAGAAGUAAUAAAGAGUGAAAAGGAAGCCCUCUAUGAACGUCUCCAGGAACAUCUAAAGAAACUAAGUCAGGUGGAACGGGAGCAGUUCGCUGAAAAGCAUCGUUUACGUGGCAACGAAUACUUCAAGUCGAAGGAGUAUGAAAGUGCCAUAGAAGAGUACAAUUGUGCCAUUAUCUACGAUCCUGAGAAUGCAGCUCGGGCCUACAACAAUCGCGCGGUGUCACAUAUGAAAGUGAAGAACUAUCUAGCCGCUAUAUCGGACUGCAAGGCAUGUCUGGAAAUGGAGCCGGACAAUCUGAAGGCUCGUCUGCGCCUGGCUGAUGCCAGCUAUGCCCAAGGAAGUCGCCGUGAGUCUCUUCAUCUUUAUCAGCGCGUUCUAGAGCUGCAGCCGGAUAAUGCUGCUGCCUUAAAGGCCCUGGAGCUGCUAAAUAAUCAGCUCGGAGAGCUGGCUCCGAACAAUGCCACCCGUUUGAUGAUUGAGGAGCUGAAGCCAGAUGCAUCGGCCAAACCGAAAGGAAAGUCCAAAGAUGUGCCUACUCCAGUGGCGAAGCCACCUCCUGUCAAAGAAUAUGAUCUGGCCGAGCUGGUGAAGCCGAAUCGUGUGGUCAAAAGCAAAUUGGUUACUGCAGCCGAGGCCUUGGGCAGUAAAUUCAAGGCUCCUACUGCCUCCGCACCUAAAAACCAGACACAACCACUCACAAGUGAAGCCUCCACACUACCAGCAAUGCUGCGCAUGCCCCAGGACAAUAUCAAGAGCAGCAACAAGCUGCUAAUACAGGAGAUUUAGCUGACACAUUUAUUAAGAUACAUAUUUAUGAGUUAUUAAACUGUGGCAUGCAGAUAG